GAUAUAUUUAUUACUAUCUAUGUAGUAAAUUGUAAUCAUAAAUAAAGAAAAUAUUAAUAGACCACGAAUGUUCAUCGGUGAUCGAUAUUGAAAAAAAAUCCGCUAUAUUGUUUAAUUCAACCACUUUGGCAGAUUGCAAUCGAAUAAAGAUCGCGAUGCUUUCGCAAUCCCUUGUAUAUCCCAUUCUUUGAUAGUCGAUAAAACUCGCAAGUCUUCUUGUUCUAAAAAGUGUGUCCUAAAAAUGUAAUCUCUUUAUAGUUUUAUCAGAGUAUGUAGACAGUUUCUCCUUACGGUCAUCGCUCCACUCUCCCGAAUCUUCCUCACGUCAUUAAUCCGCAAUAAUCCGUUGGUCGUCUAAGUUAUGCUAAUUGCGAUCGGACGGAGGCGCAGAUGCGUCAACGGAUGGACGACGGCAGUACAGCUUGAACUAAUUGUAAGUGCCGAUCUCUUUGCGUAUUCUCACCUCCGUGAUCUUGAUAUACAUACUGCAAUGAAGUUCAGCAUAGAAUCUACGGCCUCCUACAACAGCAUCCACCCGGCCUAUCACUACACCGAGCAGUUCGCCAACAAUAGCGAGACUUAUCGAGAUGGCACCAAGUGGUAUGGGGUGUUCCUGGCGUUUUUGUCAGGCACCUUCUUCACCAUCAGCUCCGCCCUGGUCAAGGCGAUUCGCAACGUGGAUCCCAUGAUUCUGUUAGCCAUCCGUGCUCUGGCGCAGAUCCUGACGAUGGCUGUCGUGGCCUGCAGAUCGUCCAGCACUCUCUUCGGCCCUUCCGGCCAAAGAGUACUCAUACAUUUUCAGGGUCUAGUAGGCGGCAUGACACUGUCGUUGCUGUAUUACAGUUUCCGAGAAUUACCUCUAGGCGAUGCCACCACGAUCAUAUUUAGCUCGCCGGUGAUCGUUAUUGCGCUGUCCUUCCUCUUCCUGAAGGAGCCCUGCGGUGUCUUGCGCAUAGUGGUGGUCUGUACGCUUCUAGCGGGUGUCGUUCUCGUUGCCAGACCACCCUUCUUAUUCCAGAUGCACCGCGCCGAAAGCUACAAUCUUAUGGGGUAUCUAUGCGCCAUCUUGGCCACUGUUUUCACGGCACUCAACAUCGUCGUCAUGAGGAAGUGCUCGGAGAUACAUUAUUCUAUUUUGGUACUGAACCUAUCGUGCUGGUCAUUCGUCUCCGCCGUGUUCUUCUAUUUUACGGUGUCUGGUCACGGCAUCAGUCACGAGUUCCAUAAAUUCCGACUGCCACACGACUGGUUCACUUGGGGCCAGAUUCUGCUGGUGGCAUUGACUGGUCUCACUGGUCAAGUGCUAGUGACAAAGGCGCUGAAGAUCGAGGGCGCAGGUAAAGUAUCGGUUACCAGAUCACUGGACAUCAUCCUGGCGUACCUGAUCCAGGUUUAUCUCUUCGGCGACAAGCCCACAUCGACCAGUCUGACCGGUGCGAUUCUCAUCAUCUCCUCCGUCGUUUGCAUGGGCUUCGAGAAGGAGAUCUACGCUGUCUGCGACUUCAUUCCUUAGCUAACGGAACAAUUGCACUCGGGCAAUCAAAUUUUGAACGCGAUGAACGUAAGCGAGAAUAAAAUUGUUAGAUUCUGUGCUCUGUGAUGAGAAUACGUGAAUCGUGAUCAAUAAAAUUCAAUUCUUACUUUUAAAAAGUCACGGACUAGUCAGAAUAUCACGCAAUAUCAAAAUACGUUUAAUACUAAUAAAUUUUUAACGAUAGUAUUAAGGACUAACGAAUAUUUAAUUGUUAAAUUUCUUAUUAGAACAGCUCUUAGCAUCGCAUAUCGAAGAGAUAUCGAUUCAUAGAUAACAUUCGCUUGUACAUGAUUCUUUUCGUCUUUUUUGCACUUCUUAAUAUUCCAAUUCUUAGAACAAUAUAUGACGAACAAUUAUUGAAAUCUCAAUGUAGAUAAUAAUAGUAAUAUUAAUAAUGUUAUAAGAAUAAUAACGAUAAUAUUAAUAAAAAUACAUAAUCAAUUUUAAGCUGAAUCUAUACGUGCAAAUAUACAGACAGGAGAUAUAAUUGGAUAAAAAUGCACAUAUAACACGUAAUAAUUCUAACUUUUAUAUAUAUCUCUGUAUGUAUAUAUAUCUAUCGAUGAUUUAUUCAAUGGGAAAGAAAGGUACAACUAUGAUUAACAGUAAACCGCUAUACCAUAUCCAAGGUAAUAUAAUUAUUUACAUUGUAUUUUGUCUACUGUCGUCCCUGACAAAACGCGCGUGAAUGCGCGUCAGUCCUAUUAAUGUCGCUGGAGAACGGACGCUACUUUUUCUUUUGACAGUGUGCUUACAAAUCUAUAUAUAUAUAUAUAUAUGUAUAUAUAUACUUCAGAGCUUAGUUUACAAUUUGAGUGAUAAAUGUAACGUAAAACAUAUAAGUUUUCUUUCUCACACGCACACAUACGCUCUCUUUCUCUCUCUGUCCUCUUAUUCUCCUCGCAUGCAAAAACAUAUGCACUCUGCUCCUUUUGCCAUUUUCCUCCUUCUCUCGAACCUUGUGAAAUCUUCAUCAUACAACAUUUUGUUAUACUCUACGGCUAAUAUUACUCUACGUUCUGCCUUACGAUUAAAGAGAAGUUACACAAUUACUUACAUUAUGUACGAGUGACUUCUCGCGUUUGAAAAAGGUAUGUGUACAUACAUAUAUAUUUCACAUAUAUAACGUUACUUCAUCCCAUUUCUCUUUGCCUUUCUCGCCUCAAUCUACAUCUUUUUCUUUUUCAUUCCGCAGCUUGCACCGUCUACAGCCGAUACACACUUCUAGUCUCUUGCUGUUAAUCGCAUCUGCGCCUAAUCGCCCUGCGGUACAUACGUCACGCAGAUCAAUUCAUUUGGAUAAACGUACGAUCGUAGGGUACAAUCCGUAGCGAUGUAACACAGGAAUGUAAUUGCGCACGAUGGAGUCCUUUCGCAUAGAAGAAGGGCGAGGAUCGAAGGAUUUAGUCGUGUAAUUCUCGCAUUAAUAUGCCUCCUUCGUAUGUGUGUGUUUGUAAAUAUAUGUAUAUAUUUACAUAUAUAGUUUUCCAAUAAUUUUUUCCUUUUUAUCUUACAUUGGUCAUAUAGAUUUUCGUCCCUGAAGCGUAAUUUUUGCGACUGUACAAGUGAGGGACACCUCGUGCUGUUACAAUAAUCGUCUUGCUUUCUUCCCGGUCCUUACACGAAGUGUUCUCUGCUUCGUGUCAUACAUACAUCUAUAUAAUAUUGUUAAAAGGAAGUUGUGUUAGCGUGUGGCAUGCAAUAGAAAAUACUAAGAUACAAUUAAGCGCCUCCCGAACGAAGAGAUCGUAAAGAUCGGAUAAGAUCCCAUCGGACAGACUUUUUAUCACCGAUCUCUCCGGUGAUCACUGAUGUUCGCGACAGAUUUUCAAAUCUGUUUAAUUAAAAGAAAAAAAAAAAAAAAA